UCUAAAGAGAAACGAUAUAAUGAGCAACAUCCCGGGAUAGGUAGUGCAAAUGCAACGUUCUUGGGCAAAUGAAAACGUUAUUUAUUGUGCCGUAUAUUCCGCCUUCUCUUAUUAUUUGAGCGUCCAAUUAAAAUUGAGCGACAGAAGCAGUUACGCCGACAGCCAAUCAGAUACGUCUAAAGUGUACGGUUGUAUUCACGGAUUGGUUGCUGUAGAUGUCAAUCACGUUCCUCUGUACACCUUACACGCUGGACGACAUUUGUGGCUUUUAUCGAGACGUCCAACCUGGCAGUUAGAUAUAUAACAAGAUAAGGACACGAUUUCGUAAAAAUCUUUUGCUGAUACGUUUACUUAUGCGCGGACGUACAAAUACACGGUGUUUGCGCAUGCAUUCUGCAGGACCGAGAACAGAGGAGGAAGGCUGGAGUUGAGUUAGUAUAACGUAAGCGAACUCUAAAGCUAACGGUGUAUGAAUAGUCUAAACUAGCCUGCAUGGAAUUGCAUUCAGGGACGCGUUAAACGCAUCGUUUCGGUUUGUUCAUACCGUGUUGUGCUUGUGCAGGAAUCAGGAUACUGUAAAGCUGGCCUUGCUGGCGGUGUCAGAUGUAACGCUAACGGUCUAAUAGCCUAUUAGUACAUUGUUGUAAUAGAUGUGUUUACAUGCUCAAUUUCGUGUUGGCUUUGAGUGUUGAGAAGAAAUCGGUAUCGCGUUGUUGAACUGAUUUCCCGCGGCUGUUGCUCCACGCUUGCUACUUUAGCGAGGUUAUAGCUAACAGCCUACAGCCGAACCGUGCAUUCAGAAUUGUAUUUAUCACCCGAGCAUGACGGCAGAUCUCCAGAGAUGACCGUAACCGAAUAAAAAUGCGUAAUUAAGUGCUGUAGAAUCAGUCGGAGAAUGGAAAGCUCAUGGCUGUGUGCCGUUAGCUCGCUUCAGCUCUCAUAGGCCACGUCGCCUUGCGUGUUGAUGUGUUUGAUCCAACGUUACUGACAGUGGCGUUGCUUGAAUGCAAACAAGGAAAAGCUUGAAGUCGCCAACUGUGCGGAAGGGAUAAGGAGGAACCGUCAAAGUAGUCGUGUUUUCAACUUCAGGACACUUCAAGGUUGCUGUAAGCCUAUUUGGGAACAACAGAAAUCUUUCAAGAUAGAUAACUUAGCGGAGCAGUACGUUAGUUUAUUGUUUUUACGUGCGAGACUCACAAAGCUAGAGUUCGUGAUCUGUGCGCCUCUUCGAUUACAAGAUGAUCGGCUUCGGCGCGAAUCGACGUGGAGGUCGCCUGCCGUCCUUCAUCCUGAUUGUGUUAUUGGUGAUUUUUGUCAUUGUGUCGUUCAACUACUGGAGCGUGUCCACUAAACACGGGCGGCUGCUGGACGAGCUGGCCGAGAUGCAGACGCAGGUGAAGCGCACGGACGCGGCGCGCUCGCGCCUCGAGAAGAGAAACUCCGAGCUGAUGAUGCAGGUGGACACGCACCGGAAACAGAUCGACCAGAAGGACGGAGACAACAGCGUGCUGGAGAGUAAGCUGCAGGCCAGGGAUGCGCUGGUCAAAGCCUGCACCGAUGAGAAGAAUAAGAUGCAAAAUGAUGUCGGCGCCCAGAUGUCAGAGAUUCACAGACUGAAAGAGCAGGUAAAGGAGCUGAGGCAGGAGGUCAUCCGACAGGAAGACCAACUGAGGGAAGUGCGGAAAAACAGCACCCAUUUGGAAAAGAAGCUAGAAUAUGAGAGCUUGCAGUGUGGCCAACAAAUAGCCGAGCUGAAGGCAGAAUACGAAGAGAGCAAGAAAAGAGUAGAAGAAGAGGCAGCAAAACUCAGACAGAGUUUAUUAGAGAAUCGUAAAGUGGACACAGGGGGUCAGCAGGUGGAGAUGGAUCUUGAUCAAUCCAUCAAAAGAAAAGAGGACGACGCUGCAGAGCACCACACAGUGGCUGCACGGCGAAAUGAUGGCCCACUUCUUAAAGAUGAUAUGGGUAAACCUGGUAGCGAUGCUGGAAUGCCUGGCAUUGAGGACAGUGAAGUAGGCAAGAUAGAAGACGCACAUUUUGCCCUAAAGAAGCCAGCCAUCACGCCGCAGAAACACAUGGAGCCCGCGGAAGCUGCAGCAUUGCUGAAGGAGGAGAGGGCAGGGUUUGGGGCUGGAGCUGGUGCUGGUGCCAGACCAGGGGAUGAUUUGGCCCGCGGAGAACCGCUGGAUCUACCGGACAUGCCCCAUGAUGAAAACCUGCAUUUGGGGAACAACGACAUACCUUUGCAGCAACAGCUUCCGAAGCCGGUGGCGGACAAACCCCUGCUGUUUGACAAAGAUAAGGCAGCCAUAAAGGCAGAUGAGUUUGGGGAGCAGCGCAGACAGCUGGGAGCUGAAGGUUUAAAGGCAGAGGGAGUUGGACUUCCUCCUCCUCCUAAACCAGCUCCGGGCCUUCCCAAACACAUUGACCAGCACAAGGCCAGGGACCUUGCGCCUGCUGACCUUCCACGUCAUCGUCAGAACGAUGAAGAUCGGGAAGCUCCAGGUGAAAGGGUUGUGGAUUAUGGAAAGCGACAUCAAGCCAUUGACGUCCUGUAGUGAAACCUCUCAAAAAUCCUUUACAUUGAGCUUUGGAUGCUUUUGACAGUGAAGUAGCCAAGCCAGGAAAAGGAACUUUGGAUUUCACCUGCAAUUUUGGUAUCAUGAUAGGAGACAUUCAGACUAUUCAAACUAUUUCAUUGUCUUCAGAGAGGAACGAGUUUCAGUGGUUUCGGCUGUGAAAUCAGUGAAUGCAAAUAAUUUAAAUCAACUUAAAUACGACAGUGAUUUCAUGAUCUGCUGCAAAUGUUUGCUUGCACAUGACAUACUUGGAGCAUAUUGUUUUCAUGUUUGUUUUUUUGCCCCCAUUUGUAGCACAGGUCUAUCCUAAAUGGGAUUUGGAACUAAUAUAUUAUACAAAUGUUUUUUUUUUUGGGGGGGGAUAAUAAAAUAGCUUCUCCAGGGACUGGGGGACACUACUGUGAAUAGAUAAUAGAGAAGUACUAUUUCUCUGUUAGAUUAACAUAGUGGAACAUAUUGAUACUACUGGUGUAAAGGACCUCUACAACACCAGGUUUCCCCCUUUUUUUCUCCUCUCUUUAUCUUUUUUGGAAAAUUGUUGCUAAAUCGAAGUAUAAACAAUGGGAAGUUGCUGUUCAACUUUUUAACAUCGCUCUGGCUCAUAAUGGCACCAAUUGGUCAGACGUGUUUGUUUUUUUUGUUUUUUUACUACUGUUUCUUAUUCUGAAGGAGCACUCAAAAGUGCACAUGGAGUCUUGUAAGGACAUUGUUGCAUGCAAAAGGCAGCAUUUGUAAAUCAGCCAGUAGAUCAUCAAGAAAAUGGAAAAAAGCAAUACCCCAGACUAAACUCAUCACAGCUGUUGGCCUGCUUCCUUUCUUACUGGUAGCUGUACAGUACAUAUAAGGAGAAAUCUGAGUGUCAAUGAAUGCUGUAAAAUUGUUAAACUCUCAAAAGGACAUAAUGAUCAUAGACCUAACUGUUUAUGUUUGUUUCAUAACUAAGCAGAAUUUGGUAGGGUUGGCAUACUGAAUGUACUCUUAUAGCUUGUGAUUGUUUUUGAGAUCUGUCACAUGGAUGUUUGGGCUCUCUUACACAGCUGUGCAGUGCAAUCUAAGUAUAACAAUUAACAAAAUAUUCUAGAUUUCAAAUAAACUGGUCCUGUUUUGGGAAAAGUACAAAUCCUAUCACUGUGACUGAAAGGCACAAUAUGUAUUUUUUUUUUAAUUCCCAAAAAACACUAGAACAGGCUUCUAUAUUUAGCUGACUUGUGUACUUCUAAUAUCCCAAAUGUUGUGAAGAAUGUUUAAAUCCAAAUUAUUUUAAAUAGUGACUCGUUCCUGGUCAUUGCGUCACCUGCCAAAUGACAUCAUGCAAACUCGAUUUCCGGUUUUGUUUUGUAGACUACAUGGAUCACCAAAGGCGCUUUAAUAAAACGCAAAACAUAAUAUAAUGGUGACGACCGCACAGAGGAGCAUUAUAACAUAACUUUCAAAUGUAUCUAGUAUGGUAUAAAAAAUAAAAAAAAAGUGUUGCUAUACCGGAAGAAGCGGGCGCCGUCGACUGUGGCAUAAUAAAAGCUCUGCUGCUUUCGAGCCGUGUGUCACGCUUAUCCCACAUUAACAGUUACUUCAGCGUCUUUGUUUCGCUUUGGCGGCUUUCAGCCUCACCCUGCUUCUACUACGACGUUAAUACAUCUUUAUUACAUUAGCUCAUCCAUGAACAUGAGUUCUGCCCGAGUCCCGUCGGAUUGCAUCAGUUGUGGGGAUGAAGACGACAACUCCCAUGAUCCCACACUCAGUCACGGUGUCAUCAAACUACUUCUUUGUUUGUUUUGAAUUCGCGCCCUCUAGCGGCGACAUCUUACAUAUUGUGCCUUGAAGUCUAGAAAGUAGUAGCAUCAAGAAGAGCACCCAGAAAUAUUCAUUCAUUUGUCCCAGGCUGCUUUACAAACAUAAAUGAUUAUAUUACGGUAACAAUAAAAUGUUUCUUUUUUCUGUAAA